CCCCUCCUCCUUCCCUUCCCACUCCCAGUCCCAUCUCACAGUCCCAGAUCCCACUCCAGCCCCACCUCUUAAAAACCAGACCAAACCCGAACGCUACAGGAAAACACACAGGCGCAGCAGCAGCAGCCGCCGCCGCCUGCGCGCCCUAUCUACAGCUUCCUCCCCCAAUCCUUGGCCCUGCCCGGCCACUCCAGCGCCCAAUGCAGCAGCCCAAACCCGCCGAUCCGCCGGGCCGGCCCUUCCCGCCGCCUUCCCCGUCCAUGGCGGCGGCGGCCACGGCCAUGCGCGGGGCUCACCACCGCCGCGCCAGAUCUGAGGUCGCCUUCCGCCUCCCGGACGACCUCGACAUCGGCAGCGGCGCCGACGGCGACGCCUCCGCGGGCUUCGACGAGAUCGGCUCCGAGGACGACCUCUUCUCCACAUUCAUGGACAUCGAGAAGAUCUCCUCCGGCCCCGCCGCGGGCUCAGACCGCGACCGCGACCGCGCCGCCGAGACCUCCUCCCCGCCGCGCCCCAAGCACCGCUACAGCAGCUCCGUCGACGGCUCCGGCCUCUUCUCCGCUGCCGGCAGCGCUGCGCGGAGGGACGCUGCUGCCGCCCAAGCGCUGGCCGAUGUCCUGGAGGCCAAGAAGGCCAUGUCCCCCGAGCAGCUCGCCGAGCUCGCAGCCAUUGACCCCAAGCGCGCCAAAAGAAUUCUAGCAAACAGGCAAUCUGCGGCUAGAUCAAAAGAAAGGAAGGCUCGUUAUAUGACAGAACUUGAGCGGAAGGUUCAAACUCUUCAGACUGAAGCGACCACUCUCUCAGCUCAGCUCACGCUAUUUCAGAGAGAUACAACUGGGCUUUCUUCAGAAAAUGCAGAGCUCAAGAUAAGGUUGCAGGCCAUGGAGCAGCAGGCUCAACUGCGUGAUGCUUUGAAUGACGCACUGAAGCAGGAAGUGGAGAGGCUCAAGAUGGCUACGGGUGAGAUGUCAAAUUCCAGUGAUGCAUAUAGCGUGGGAUUGCAACAUGUCCUAUACAACUCGUCCUUCUUCCCACAGUCCCAGCAAAACACAGCCCAGCACCAGGGGGGUGCCCGAUUUCCACCCCCAUUCCACCCGCCUCAUCCUAAUGUACCAAACCAUCAGAUGCUAUCCCACCCAAACACGCUGUCAGAUAUCAUGCAACAAGAUCAUCUUGCACGGCUCCAGGGUUUGGACAUCAGCAAAGGGCAUCCAGUUGUGAAGUCAGAGAGCAGCUCGAUCUCUGCCAGCGAAAGCAGCAGUACAUUCUAACCAGGCCUACGCCUACCCUGAUCGAGUUCUCAGUUUCAUUAGGUUCCUUUGUUCAUAGCCUCUGACAUCCUUGUGCUGUUUCUGGUCCUGUAAACUUAAUUUUUCAUUCCAUUUGUUCCAUUUUAGUUGAAAUUCGUUGUAAUCUCAGUUGCUGAUUUUUGUAGACACGAUCCCUGGGUUCCUCCCACCCGUUUGUUUCGGGUUCAUUUUCUGCGUGCGUGAUGUGUUGUUUGGGAUUAUAUUGGGGAACUGGGAGGGGCUUCCUCCCAGAAUACCGUGUUGAUGUUGUUGGGACUGACUAUUUUUGUCGUCAGAACAGUUUGAAUUUGUGAUGUUCAUCAUUGUA